GAGGUACAGAAUAAACGUGACAUGCAAUGCUUUUUCGAGUACGACGUUUUGGGGUUUACCUGAACUUCUUACCAUUUUCGUGUCACAUGUUAUGUUAUCGAUCACGCGAUGUUAUCGAUCCAUUAGAGUACUAGAAUCACUGAUAGAAUGACAGACGCGACACAGAACAGAUGUAACCUGCAAUACUUUUUCGUGUCUCACGUGUUUGGUGUCGCCUGACUCCCUUAUCAUUUUCAUGUCACAUGCGAUAUUAUCGAUUGAGUAUAGUACCGAUUUGAAUUAAAAGUCUUUUAUCAGGUUAUUGUAUGAUACAGUCAGUGAUUGAAAUAGAUAGAAUCUCAAACCAUAUGCACGUAGUAUAAUGAGUAUAAAUAUAUGUAUGAUCCACAUGGAAUUUGUGACGGUGCUGGCCCAAAAAACCAAAAAACGUCACGUUAAGAGGUAACGAAUUGAAAGAAGAAAACUGCUGUUACUACGUCUAACAAUACUCUACGACUGUCGAUCGGUUAGAAACUCCAUGACAUAUCUUCAUACGGUAUUCUCUAUACAAUUAGUAUACAAUGUAACCCCUGUAGAACAUCGUCACAUUCUCGACAUGUGAUGUAUGUCCUGAAUUUGGUCAAAAUUUGUUUGAUCGAUAGUUGAAAUCAAAUAUUUGAAGGAACUUCGUAGACGUAAGGUUAAUGGUUAGGUUUAAAAAUAUUCCUUGUAAAUAGAUAGUGAACGUGUACACGUUUAAAUAUAUUCGAGAUUUUCGCAAUAUGAGUGGCUCGUGUAAACGGGAACCUAAGAAGCAGAACGAUUGCAGAAGUAAGAAAAUCACUGGAAAAAGAUGGGAAUAUCCGAUCGCAAAAUCGAAGGAAUACUGGGAGAAAUUCUGCGACGACGAAGAGAAGAGACUGAUCAUAGUAAGAAACCCUUCCCUUCAAUUAUCCUAUCGUACCUUUUCCAAAAACGAUUCACAACUUAUUGAUCUUAAUUCGGAUAUUCAGGAUAAAAUAUCUAAUCGGAAUUUUUUCUCUAACUCUUAUUCAGACGAUUGCGAUGCGUCCGAUAAUUCUUUGCACAAAUUGCUUCCCAUAAGGUCAAACUUUAAGUCGAAUAGGUAUUGGAAUUGCGACGCCACGAAAUCGUAUCCAAAAUCGAUACUAAAGGGAUCGUUUCGAGCUGCUCCAAAAAGUUUGCAUACAACGGCUUGCCUUACCACAUCGUCUAAAGUUGUACGAAUUCCAAAAUUAGAUAGCCACGAUCCUCAACCUAGUUCCCGGAAAAUUCGCCCAGGUAAAGUGGAUCAUAUUCGGACUUCUUUCAAUGUCCAAAAUGAACGGAAGGUACAAGGAGAAAAUUUCCCGACUCUGCCAAUUCUCGGUGCAUACCCUACGACGUCUGAUCUCCGAUUGAAAUUGACAAAAUUACAGAAACAUUUAAGAUUACUGGACGAAGAGGGCCGCGAGACGAAGGAUCGAACACGCGACAAAAUUGUCAAAGCAGAAGAUAAGAAAUUUGUGCCAGAUUUUCGAUCUACGACGAAUCAAAUCAAAGAAGAAAAUGAAGAUACAUUAACGGCUGAAGAUUACUUAAAGUAUUCCGCUCGUUUUGCCUACAAGGCGUUGAAGCGUUUAACGAAGAACAAAGAUCUGGAUUUCAAAUUCAAACCUUUCGACGAUCUGCAAGAAGAACAAGUUUUGAAAUUAGGAGACGGUUCUUUCGCGAGUGACGAUGGAAAACGAGAGCUCCCAAGGAUUAAACGCAUCGAGAAAGAUAAGCAAAGCGAAGAAUCUUCAAAUGUUCACGAUUUGCAGACGAUUUCUGAAGAGAAGUCGCUCGAGGAUUCAGAAUUCACGCGCACUGACGUCCAAUGUCCAUCUUUGAAAUCCGACGAGACAAUUUCACGAAGCAUUUCUACGGGAUCGCGUUACACAUCUGGGCCAAGUCCAGAAUUCGUGUACCCGGAGGACCGGGAAAAUCCAUCGAGUCGUAUUCUUUCGUCAAUUCCAAAAUUAUCCAAUUUCCCAAGGAGGAAUCGCGACAAAUGUUUACCGUGUAUGUAUAAAUCGUUGGAAACUCCGCUGCAACGAAAAGUAUCUCUACCUAGAACCGCUUUGCGAAGAAUCAUCGCCGAAGAGACCAAAGUGGUAUCACCCACGGAUUCGUUAGAAGAUAGCGACUCGAGUUCUCUGAACAUACCAAACUUCGAGGACCAAGUGGAAAGAGUUUUGACCGACGAAGUUGAUACGGCGCACGUUAGAUUUGAAUGCGACGUUGCAUUCGUAGAAUCUGAUGACUUUGAAAACGCGGUCGAGGUUGCGGAUGCCGUUUGCUCUCUCGAAGAAGACCAAGUAGGAAAAGGACUAACGGACGAAGCGGAGAGAAAAAGUAUCCCAGAGUCAGAGCCUUCGUCUAAUGUGAUCGCGAAGAAAGCCAAAGAGGAUCGACGAGACGAUGACACGACUUUGACGAAUUUAAACGAAGCUACGAUAGAACUUGCGCGUGUUACGUCUCUGGAACGAACGAAGGUCCCCUCUUCGUCUCGCAGCAUAAGCUCCGAUGAAGACGAUUCGAUUGUAGUUUCGGUCAGCGACGAUCUACCCAAGCCGAAAUACUUAGUACCCUGUCAUGCCCCCACGAAUUUCAGGCCGAGCUUAGAGCCCCUGCGAGCUUUAAGAAGCAGAAAACCGACGACUCUGCAAGAUCGAAUUGCCUUGCUCGAGUCGACGCCAUUGAAGAAAAGCGUUUCCAUCGAUAUUUACGGCGACAUUUUGGGAAGAUCAAGAGCCAUGCCUGGAGAAGUCCUUGAGAAGGAGGAAACAGGCGAGGACGAGAGGCCACCUCCGCCUCCUUUAACGAAAGCAAAAUCCGUGCUGGACAAACUGAUGCUUGGAAAUGGCGAAGCAAGUACGGCAAAGCAACGACACGUUCUCAGAAAGGAAACCAGUUUCGCUGGUUUUUCUGUAUCAAUGGAUACCCCGUCCAAUAGCCCGGAAAUAUAUCGGGACACGUCGAAGGCCGCAUUACGAGAAUUGGACGCUGCUCGUGACGACGGCCUUUUGAAAACAUUAUCCGCUACGGAUUUCGCGAGAGCCCGGACGAAAUUGCCGCUUACGCAACCGUACGAGAUCGUAGAAAUUUUGAAGAAUCUCGAUGAGAACGUUUCGUCGAUAGAUAUGCUGGAAAUAUUGUGCAAAGAAUUUUCGGAACGAUUAAAGAACGAUAGCGAAAACGCUGAUUCGAACGCGAAAGAACGUAACAAGAUGAUUACGAAUUUGACAAGGUUAUUAGUCGAUUCUAAACGUUAUUUGUAUCCUGAUAAAUUCCCCUCUAACUUAUCUUUCUCCGUCAAUCAGCCACCCGUGUGUAACUCCCGUCUCCUCAGACGUGUCCUACCUCGAAAGACUUACAAUCUCGUAGCGCCUUUGCUGGGAAUGCCGGAACAGCUUCCAAAGAAGAGGGAAGCUGUGUUCGAAGAUCCGUUCGACAUCGGUGAAACUCAAAUUAUCGAAGACACGUUGUCCACGCAUGACAGUUUAGAAGUGCAUCCACCGACACCGAGAGACACCGAAUCGCUCGCUGACAAGGAGAAAGUGGGUCGUCGUAGAUACAAUCCUUACGCUCUAUUUCUGAUGAAACCAAGACGUAAGGUGGUUACGUGGCGUCCUUUGACGGAACGCGAUCUCGAAGGCUACGAUCCGGACGCUACGCUGGAAAUGAGAGCCGAAAAUUCGAUGAGAAAGAUAUGCGAGGAUUUUUGCCAAUGGGUCGAAACUUUAGGCGGGACGGAUAACGUCAUCGACGAAGAGGUUCUCAGGGAUAUGUUUGAAAUCGAUUUCAACGCCGAAGCUUGCAGAGCGAUGCAGAUGUCGAUUCAGGAAAUGCCGGUGGUACCUGCAGAGGUAGCUCUAACGAGAAACACACCCGGUGCGAGCAAGCUCACGAUGACGAAGAAGCAUGUAAUGAAAGACGUGAAAGCGGAAGAAACACCGGCGAAAGUAAAAGCUUUUGGCACCGCUAUACCUUGGAAGCUUCGAUUCGUGCCGCCUAAUAAUCAGGUGCGAAAGAAAUGGCUGCAAUGCGAGAACGUGCCCCAGGAUAUCGAAACGAUGGAAGUCGUUUGGAAAGAUAUAUUGGAUUUGAGAAGCGUACGAGGUUUCGUGGAAUGGCUACAACAGCAUCCGGAGGUACCACGGCCGCAAGCUUUGAAGAAAAUCGCAUCAAUGGAUAUUAGCUCUUUAAGACUAAUCGAAGACGACGAGAAGUUCGCGCAUCUCGAACUGGAUAUUAAUCAAAUUAAGAGUCUGAGAGUGGCGAUCAACGGUGACGAUGUCUCGACGUAACGCGCGCGCGCGCGUAUGUCUGUGCACGCGUGUGUGCCUCGUUCUUUAUAUCGCUGCUGCUCUUCGUUUUCACUGUGUCACACGAAUAUACCACACUUACCGAUGAAUGCAUACAAGUAUCUGUACGGGAUUUUCCCUUUUAUACCGAUGCAUCGAAACGAAUUAUUUCAAUUUCCGUGAAAUUUUCAUAGCCUUCCAUCUAUCGCUGUGUGCGCCGGUGAUUUAAAUCGAACCGACGCAUGAAUAUUUUAAUUGCAUAUGAUUGUGUGGCAGUAAAUGUCGGGCGAAUACAAAAUGAGUAUCCGAAACUGGCCCGCAUUUCAGAAUUUCUCGCCUCCGUUACGCUUAUAAAUGAACGAAAUGUCUGUGUGUAACCGAUACGACCAGCCGAUGACACGAUGUCAAAAGCCUAUCCCCCACCUCUAUCUAUCCCCUUUUUGCGUACGAAACGAAGGGUUAACCUGCGAAGCUACGGAGCGAUCAGUAGCGUCCAGCGAGAAAUUUCGCAGCGCACCGUUCGAUAUCAUUAUUUGCACGAAUAUCGGGCAGUGAGCAGCGAUUUCAAUCCUACUGGAAAAUGAAAUAUCCGAAGAGUUAUAAUAUUGGAGGCGAGGUGCAGGGGGUGGGGGUGGCUGGUUAUUUUCAUCAUCUCGUACGGUUGCAAAUAAACUCUCGCGUAUUUAAUAUAAAAUAUUGCCACAGCAAAUAGAAUUUUGAAAAACAAGAACGGCGGAGAGGUAAAAAAUAUGUCGAGGGAUGAAAAUAGGAUUCGAAAGCGAUUUCCAUUCGAGAAACUGAUGAUUAACGGGUGUUCUGUUCGCCUACUUUGCGCUGGCAAAAUGAAAACGAACGAUGCUUUCAGCGCGACGAUAAUAAAUAGCAAAUAACACGA